AUGGAUGCCAAUGCACGCUUAAAAUUGGUGGCGUUGACUCCGCCAUUCACACGACCCAAUGCAACGGUGCCUGCCGCUAGUACAACCGCUCGACAAAAUUCUUCUUCAUACAAGACAAACGGUGGGGUGGACACAGCGGCUCAAGAAAGUGAUUCAAACAUUGGUAGCUGGCGUCGCGCACGAGACGCCGUGGCACGAAAGCUAUCUCCCUCCACAGAGAAUGUUUCAUCAAAGGGAAUUACUUCCACUGGUGGUGCGAGUUCUUCGGUGAGCAAACCAGUAGAACAGAGGAGUCACAUACGGGAAGAGGGCAACCUUGGUCCAAUGGACGAAAGAAAUGCUCCGUGUUCUGCAGGCGCGCGAACGUCAAUCAUAGCAAAAGAAAGUAAGGACUAUUUCUCUCGUGCUCCGGCCUCCACUGGUCAAAGUUUGAGGGGAAACAUGGACAAGGGAAUGCCAUUGAAUUUUAACGGUACAGUGAGGUCAGUGGAGGAGAAAAAUGCGGCAAAAUCCUCCAGUGCAGGAAGGUGGAACCUGACAACUGACUCCUCAAGAGGCAAUGGAGAGAAUGAACGUGAAUCCAGUGGUUUUACUGCCCACGGAAGACCCUUCUCGCGGAUAAGGUCCGGUGAAAAUGUACGCGGCGACGAUCGUGAUAUACAUCCUUCAACGAGAGAAGUUUUGGGAGGUGGGCGUGGCGUACCACAGACAUUAAACGGUGAUCGAGGGUAUGACAGAAAUGAGAAUGUACAUAGUCUACGGCAAGGGCAAAUAAGUCAGCGACAGUCUUCGCCUGGCACUUCUUACGCGGCGUCGCGGGCCAUUGCGUUUCGUGCACGUUCACAACCGGGCUCUCAUUUUCGUUCUAAACCCUUAGAGAAUGAGGAUCUGAUGCGUUUUCUUGGCGCCUACGGGACCCCACCUAGGCGGGCUACCACCUUUUCCCAGUUGCAGCAAAUGGACAAUCAGCCAAGGGAUUUGAAGAAGGCUCUUAUUCCCUCUUAUUUUCCACAUUCUAUGGCGCACCGAAGCUUGUACGCCACAACACCACCAUCCAACAAGUACCAUAUUUUCGAAGAACCUGAAUACGACCAUGAUGAAGGUUCCAAGUUACUCGAAGAUGAGCUUUCAAGCCUGUUGAGCGGGCUGGAGGUAUAUCAGAAGCGAUUAGAGCGAGCAGCUCUCGUGGUUAGCUUGGAGCGACAACGUCGAAGACGUUACUGA